UGAUAUUUGAGGCGCUCUACGGAUUUAGCGAGCAUGCCCAGUGCGUCCCUCUCAGCAACAGUGGAAACCGCUGGUGAAGCAUAGGAGUCAUACCAAGCAUAGCCUGCGUGUCAGUGCAGUCGACUUACAGCUGGCUGUGAGGAGAACUGACGCUACUCAUAUUUUUGUAUUAUUUUAUUUCUUUGCGCUUUGUCACCGCUGCAUACUUACCCGUAUUUCAAAAAGUAAACUUACUGAGAUCACUUUCCACACGGGUUAAAUUUUGUUGAGUUUCCACAGAAGUAAAGUUAGAGGCUGGGCCUUUAGCUUUUUUACCGUCGCUUCAGAGGAGAAGGGAGAAAACAAGCUGGUCUUCUUUUUCCCCCCUUUGUUUUUAAUUAAAGCCCGAUAAAUGCUACUAAUGAAAAUGGACCUGUUGAACUACCAGUACCUGGACAAGAUGAACAACAACAUUGGCAUUCUCUGCUACGAAGGUGAGGCAGCUUUAAGAGGAGACCCCAGACUCCUGUCCCUGUCGUCUUCCUCCUCGUCUUCAUCAUCGUCCUCCUCAUCUUCCUCCUCCAGCCACAGGACGGGUCCUCCUCCCAUCAGCCCCACUAAGAGGAAGCUGAGUGGUGAUCAGGGGGACAGCGACAUGGAUGAAAACGAGCACGUGGCAAAGAUGAGUCGACUGUUUGCCGCGCAGCUGAAACCUAAUGGAGAUUAUCGCAGCUCUCCUGGCUCCAAGGACCGCAGCAGGAGCCCCAUCGAACGUGUGUUGGUGCCGGGUGCUCUGGGAGUGCCGAGCAACCACAUGUACAGCCACCCCCAUCACCUCCACCUGGCCAGCUUAGCUACCAUGGACCAGCCACUGGCACUUACCAAAAACAGCAUGGUGGAGUCAGCACGCAGCAACACAGCAGCUAUGGCUACAGUGCUGCACACAGUCAGCACUGUGGAACGCCAGCAGAAUCGUCCCUCAGUGAUCACAUGCGCCCCAGCAAACAACCGCAACUGCAACCUGUCUCACUGUACAGUCUCCCACAACGGCUGCUCCAACUUCACCAAUAACUACAGGAGAAGCAACACCAACACAGUGUGCGACCCUGUGAUUGAGGAACAUUUCCGUCGCAGCCUUGGGAAAAACUACAAGGAGCCCGAGCCCACCGCCACCAACUCGGUGUCCAUCACGGGCUCAGUGGAUGACCACUUUGCCAAGGCGCUCGGCGAAACCUGGCUGCAGAUCAAAAACAAAGGGAGUCCCUCGUCAUCUGGCAGCAGCCCAAACUCCUCCCCUGACAGUCGCAUGGUCAAUCACAACCACUCCCCUUCUGUCGUCUCCUGAAGGGGGUGGAUAGACCCCAGUUUUCCCGAUCCUUAUCCUGGCUCUAACAUCCAUGCCCCCAUCACUUUGGUCUGUCACCAGCAUCCCAGAGGGAAUGCUUGUCUGCUGGUCUGCUAAAAAUAUCUAAAACCCUCAAGCCCGCUCUCUCACUGUGCACUCAUAGAGGAUCAAUCGAGCAAUAACAACACAGUCAUUUUUCCCAUCUGUCCUCUGGUAUGCUAAUGCCAGACAAUCAGUAAUGAGUGAUGAGGGUUUAGCCUGGAGCUUAGGUGGAGCAUGAGCUUGCUCCUUCCAGUCAUACAUCAUCCUGCAUGUCAAGCUUGGAGCUGAGCAAGUGUCUGUAGUUAUAUGUAAAUACGGAGAGAACGGAAAAGGAGGUGUUUUAAUUAUUAAUUUUUUUUUCUUUUCUUCUUUGUUGUUAUUUUUCUUUAACGGUAGUUUUGUGUACUUGCUUCUGCGUUAUGCGAUGCCCGACGUUUCAAAGGAAAGAUGAGCGAGAAACACUUUGGAGAAAAUGAACAUAAACCACCUGACUGUUCUACCAAAGAAACCUCAGACGCUGAUGUUUAUCCAUGCCCAACUCGGAAACAAAACAACAAAAAGCCAUCUUGCAAUCACCUCCCUCUGUUUUUAUCUCCUUUCAUCCUCUCACCUGCCUUCCCCCUCUCC